AUGGCGCAACUUCAGAGUGUUGUGAGUGAGCUCGCCAGUCCGAAGGCCUCAGAACGUCCAGAGGUUAUUAAGCCGGGAGUCCUAGCACUCCCCGAGCUUCCCAGCCAUAGUCCAGAGUCAUGCCUUGCAUUCGCGGAUUGGCUGCAUGUAACCAAGCCGGCCCUAGCAGAUGUAAGUGACACCUCAGAGCGACUGUGGGAGUUGACCCUGGAAGAGGCUAAUGCAUGGUACUGUAGUUACUUGAAGAUGGGACCAUUAGAGCGCCUAACUGCCAAGCCAGUCCCCUCAUCUGAGCUUAGCCAGCCUAAGUGGACCCGUGUAUCCCGACGCAUUGAAUCUAUGAUUAACACGGCCUGCCCCUCGGUAGUUCGGGAAGAGGUAUCUGCCUCAAGGACUUCGGGACUUCUCGCCCUUGUCUGCAAACUGUACGUUAUCUACGGUCCGGGCAGCUUAACAGAGCGAGAAUUAGGCCUCAAGCAUAUCUCAGAUCCUCCAGCGUGUACUGGAGUAGCCGACGCUAUUGAAGCGCUGAGAAAGUGGAAGCGCUGGUGCUCCCGGAUGUCUGAGCUUGGGGGCAUUUUGCCCGACAGUGCUAUCUUGGUCCGAGCCCUGACAAAAAUCACUAGAUCCGUGCUCCUCCAACAUCCGGAGGCCGCCUUCCGCAUCAAUCUUGCCCGGGCAGAGCUUCAGGUAGAUGUGGUUCCGGAUAGUGAUAAGGUAUCACUUAGCGAUCUAAUGAAGGGUCGAACUGCACUGUGCGAAAUGAUUGAGAAGUACGAAGCAAAGGCUCUUCAACUCAUAGCCGAAUUAGAGCAGCGCCGCCUUGACCAACUUCAACGACAGGUCGACACGCUACAGUGUUGCCUCCAGGAGGCAACAGCACCCACAGACCCCACCGUUGCCCUGAGGAGGUAUGCGAAGUCUGGAGAGAGGCGUGACGCCCUCUCUGCCAUCCUCGCCCAACCGUACCUUCAGGGACUUCCGGAAGGGCUACUUGCGGAGCUAGCUGAAUCGAUUCCUGUUAGCGACCCUGAUGUCGAUAGGGCAAUGCUAAAGAGGCGCGGCCUUCUUGCCACCAAGAAGUGGGUAGUGCAUCUAUGCUCUGGAAUGGGAUUCCUUCCGGUUGACCUUCAGCAGAAAGGGGGAAAGGGUUGGGAUCUCACAAGGCGAGCAUUUGAGGAGGAGAGUGAGCUUGAAGAUGAGUGUGAUGAUGGUGUGGAGUCUGGGGACUACCCUGCCCCUAAGCCGUUGAGCCCAGACACCGAACGCUGGCGCCAACAUAUCCUGAACGUUGACCUCUUCGGUCCCGUUCCGCCCGCAGAGGCUGGGAAGGACGAGUCGUGCAUCACAGGGAAGACUAUCUUGAGAUACGAGCUCUUCCCGGAACUCUUUUCCAAUGAGCCUCCACCUUUGCCACCUCCAGCAGAUUCACCACCUAAAGUAAGUGGGGUGGAUAGUGACGUUCAAAUCCCGCAGUCCCUCUGGGAAGAGAUCGAUCUCCCAACCGACGAAGAGGGUAUGAGGCAGAUCAUUGAAGAAAUGAGCACCCCUGUUGACCAAGUCAUGUUGAGGUAUUGUAUUCCUCUUAGGACUAAGACGGGAGUCGAAGUCACGGAAGCGGUUCAACGCAUGAUCCUUGAGAUAAACCAAAAGUAUCCUGUGUUGAGCUUGCACCAUGACCCCGGCACUGAAUUCUCGGCCUCUGCACUGAGCAGAUGGCUCUCCGAACACAAGGUGCGAGUUCAGCAUUCACUACCGACUGAUAAGAGAGGCAAUGGCCUCUCUGAGCGCACCGUAGGAUGGGUAAAGUCUAGGAUAAGGACCUUGCUGAACGGUGCACAGCUUCCCAUAGAGUUAUGGCCUCUAGCUGCAAGAUGGGCGGUAAGUAAGCACAAUGCUUUGGUCACCGGAGACUUUGAUAUCCCAGCCUUUGGACAAAAGGUUUUGCAUCGGGUGAAACGCCCCGCCGACGGGACAAAGCAACUCAUGGAGCGUUGGAUUGAGGCAAGAUAUGCUGCACCACACCGGUCAAUCCCCGAUGGCCACGUUCUGAUCACUAGCUCUGGGACCCUUGUAGCCUCGAGAGGCUUUAAGUCUGACGUAGUCGACCCUACCCAACUUGACCUAAAUCUUCCCAUCCUACAGGAGGAUGAGACUCUUGAGGACUUACCAGCGGAGCGCUUUGACGAGUCUGGAAACCCCCUGAUAAGGAUAAAGGGAAAAUCGGCAGUUCGGUUUGUUGAAUGCAUCGGUGGGACAUCCUCCGAAGAAAGGGCUAGAGAAUUCUUGGUUGCUCAAGACUACGGUUUGAGGGCAAUUCGCGAGGUCCUCUCUGCAGUCACCCAGGAGGAGACAGCCCUUGGAGACCGCCGAGGUAUUGUUGAGGACCGUCAGAUCUUUGGUGCCUACUGCCACGGAGGCCUCCGUGGAGUGACGAACCGCACCAAGAAGAAACCCUUGACAACCAGGUUCCUUAAUCGAGCAUUUAGGACCCGUCUUGCUCAGCAGGCAGAGGUCUCUGAUCCUACGUGGUCCGCCAUAAUGCUGAUGAAGGUUGGAGAUGUAGAGGUUCAUAGGGACUGGAGGAAUGAGUGGGGAACUUUGAAUCACGCUAUGCAAGUUCCAGGAGAGGUUCAGCUGUGGGUCGAGCCCAGGUCCGAUAAGUCCAUGAAGGAUAAGGGUGUGCCUGAACCCACCUGGAAUUCGUCAGAGACACGAGUUCUCACUGAGGACCCACAGUCGUUCGACCCUCGUCAGCAUCAUGCUGUAAGGGUGCAGCCCAACUGGUUGAUAGUAGGGUAUACUCCAUUGGGGACCAAUAAACUUAAGGAGCAUGACAAGUGUUGCCUGGUAGCCUGUGAAUUUCCUCUUUCUGAGCCAAUACAGGGAAGACCUGAUGAUGGACCUGUUUGUGCCAGUGCUCUAGGUCACAAGGUGCAGGCUGUGUCUGUGACGUCAGAGGACUCCUCUCAGUCCACAAUCAGCUCUGGAGAGUUGCAGCGUCAGAUCGAUGAAGCUACUCUCGAAGCAGACCCACCACAUCGACCUCUAGUGUCAAUUGAGUCUGAUUCGCAGCCGGAUGCCAACACAACCCUGAUAGGUUGA